AUGGAGCCACUCUGGGGAAUAUCCUGGCACGUUGACAAAGGACAGCCGCGGCUACCGGAGUCGCGUCCGGGUGCUCCCAAAGGAUGCUGGAAGGGCCAUGGGGCCGACCGUCGAGUUGCCUGCUUGGCAGUGGCUACAGCUGCCGUCUUAAGGCUACGAGGCCGCCGCAUCUCGCGACGAGGCACCCGUGCAUCAACCGAUGUCGCGGUUGCCCAGCUGGAUGCCGCGACGCUCCGCCAGCUCGGACGUCCUCCUGCGUGGCUGCGGGAGGCAGAGGAAGCCAACCUUCAGCUGGCGAAUGGCUGGGAGCCGGUGUCUUCAGAGGUGACUCUGAGGAACCUCCGGAUCCGUGGGCGCCUCCCGAAGCACGUGCAAGGCGGAAUUUUCCUACGCAAUGGGCCGAAUCAGGCGAUGUCCCCAGUGUCGAUGCAGGACUACCACAUCUUCGAUGGUCAUGGCAUGAUCCAUGCGGUGCACUUCCUCGGAGAUGACGAGGGCGCAACUUACGCUCGGCGCUACGUGCGGACACAAGCUCUUCAGUUUGAAGAGUCUGAAGGCCAGUGCCUGUAUACUGGCAUGAAGAAGAUGCUCCCUCAGUUUCCCACCUUUUUCCGGCUUCUGUUUGAGAAGUACUUCGGCUCCUCCGGGAGCACGGACUCGCCCUACUGGGUCAUCCAGAACCGAAAUCCCGCCAACAACGGCUGCACCGUGCAUGCUGGGCGCGUUUUGGCCACUUGGGAGGCCGGCUGGGCCUACCAACUACGGUUGCCGGACUUGGAAACGCUGGGCCUGUUCGACUACGAGGGAACCUGGGCAGAUGGGGCCGUCACGGACAACUGCAGCGCACAUGGAAAGCAGGACCCCGAGACCGGGCAACUCAUCACGAUCUCCUACAACAUGAUCGAGCUGCCCCCGUGGCUGCGUGUGAUCACUGCCAGCGCCGAUGGCGCCUUGGAGCGAUCGGUCAAAGUGCCGUUGCCGUCUGGGGCAGCCUUACUGCACGACUUUGGGAUCACCCAGCGACGGGUCAUCCUCAAUGUCGGACCUCUGAACCUGGUGCCGCUGAAGAUGGUCAGCGGUGCUCCCCCUUUCGACUUCGACUUCUCGGCGAAGUGCUAUUUCGGCAUUCUCGACCGGUCAUCCGACUCUGCAGAUGACGUGAUCUGGGUCGAGGCCGAAAACUGCUUCAAUUUCCACGUUCUGAACGCUUACGACGAUCCCACAGACCCCUGUCGCGUCAUCGUGCACACCUUCCGUCAGGACUACACGCUGGGGCUGGGGAUGGGAUCGAAGCUGAACGAG